AUGGCGCUGCUGAGCCUGGCCAACGAUGGCACCGCUCUGCUGGCCGUGGCGUUCGGCGUAUUCGCCACCCUCACCAGUCUAGUCCUGUACCUCUUCUCCAAGCCAGCAUUUCCCAAGAACGCUCCACAAUACUACAACGAGAAAUGGCCACUCCUGGGAGCUAUGCACUUCUUCACCAACCGCUGGGACUUUUACCGACGUGGCGUGGCUAGUAGCAAGACUGGCAACUUCAGCUUCCACGCAGGCAAUUAUCCCGUGGUGGCCUUGUCUGGCGAGGAACCACGCAAGAUCUUCUUCGAGAACAAGAACCUGGCUUUCGGCGAGGGCUAUGGUGCGCUACUUGGCGGAAGUCCAGAUGUGAAAGUGGACAACAACCCAUUGGCAGAGUCAGCGGCUGGAUCCUCCGAGUUCAGCCACUAUUUCACCAAGAGACUGACAGCUAUGCUCAAGGGACCGGUGCUGAAGAACGGUCUACCGCAGUUACUAAAGGAUGCCCGUGCGAACAUUGACAAACUCGCCAACGAUCCUUCGGGAGUGACCAACCCCUUCGACAGUAUCUAUCGCCUAGUCUUCCAUGUUACCAUGCGCACAGUCGCGUGCAACGACGUGGCGAAUAGCCCCGAACUCAUCGAGCAAUGUCUCCAUCACUUCGAGGCCAUCGAAGGCACCGGCACUCCACUUUCCAUCAUGUAUCCAUGGAUGCCAGUCCCCGCCAAAUUCAAGCGCCUAUACGCAGGUGCACAGCUCUACAGAAUCUUCCAAAAAGUGGUCGACGAGCGGAAGAGAACUGGCAUCAAGGACGACGACGCUUUGCAAUUCCUCAUCGACCAAGACGACAGCAUUACCGACAUCCUCACCUUCGUCCUCGGCUCCCUGUUCGCCGGACAGCUGAACAGCGGCAUCAACGCAUCCUUCAUCCUCUGCUACCUCGCCUGCAACGACUACUGGAUGAAGCGCGUGCGCGACGAGGUCAACAGUGUAGCAGAUCGACACUGCCCUGAUACAGACCUCCCACUGAAAGACCGCCUCAUGCGCGUGCCAAUCGAGGCAUGGGAGGGCGAGUUCCCGAGCAUCGAUUUGUGCUUGAAGGACACCAUCCGUCUGCAGAUGUCCGGCACGGCUUUCAGGAAGAAUAUCUCAAAUCAAGACAUCCCACUGGGCAAAUCCGGCGAAGUCAUUCCAGCUGGCGCAUACGUCACCCUUGGUGUGGGCGAUAUGCACUACAGCCCAGAAAUCUACAGCAACCCCGAAGAAUGGGACCCUGCUCGAUAUGAGCGCGGCGAAGACAAGAACCAAACAUACAGCUGGGUUGGCUGGGGUGUAGCUCGCCAUCCAUGCCUCGGCAUGCGCUUCGCCAAAUUGGAGAACAACCUCAUCGUAGCCCUGUUCCUAGCCUACUUCGACGAAAUCCAACUGACGGACGAACACGGCAGGCCUAUGACGAAGGUGCCAAAGUGCAAUUGGAACAACCACACGGCGCGCAAGCCGGAUGUGCAGAUGAGGCUGAAGUAUCGCCUGAGACAGGAUGGGAAGGCUUAG